AUGAAGGUAGCAUUAGCAUUAUUGUGCCUUUGUAGCACAGUGUGGGCUAGUACGAAACCAAUUGCGAUUCCAGAUUGUAUACUCGCUGCAUCCGACGGCUAUGCUUAUCCACCACCAAAAGUCCAGCUGUCAGUGACUCCUGCCAGAGCUAAAUAUAAAUUAUCAAGUCAAUCAGAUGGCGGAUAUAUAAAUAUUGAUUCGGUAAAAUCCUCCGAAUCAUACUACGAGAGUGGAGCUGCAAUAAAAGAGGGAGGUAUUACAUAUGCAGACCAACCGCUCAAAACGCCGGGUAUUUUACAACCCCAAAUUGCUAUUUCAAAAACCGUUCUUCUACCGCCAAAGGUGGAAACGAUCUCUAAUGCAUAUUUACCGCCAGCCGCUAAUGUCGUGCCAAAACUUGCAUUAACUUCACCGGGGUUAUCCGAAUCUUAUCCCACAUUACCCAAUAUACAGUUACAAAGUUUGUCUGCGCCAACUAUUUCAAAGAGUGCUGCAUAUGAGUCAUCUGGUUAUUCUUACUAUCAGUCCAGCCCAACAAUUUCGAAAACCACUGCGUAUGUUAAUCCACUACAGGCUGGGCCUAUAAGAUCAUAUGCACCUGCAAUAUCCUAUAGUGCUCCAUACACACAAAAAUUAGGAAAUGCAUUAGCCUCGGUAUCAUUAACAAAAUUGGAGGGUAACUUGUUGGCCGAAAAAACGUCCACUCCACUUGGCUCCUACUCGUACGCGCCGAAUCUUGCAAGCACAUAUAUUUCAACCGCACCGUCUUCAGCAGGAUAUCAAUCCCAAUAUCUAACAUCUUCCGAAGAUUUAUCUAAAUAUAGCACAAGUGGUGGAAUUUCUCACCAAUAUGUUUCGAAACCUAUUCAACGAAUUAGCGUCGGCCUUCCGGCUCUACCUAAAAUCUCUACAGUUGUAGCACCAGCAGUCUCUAAAGUGCAAACUUACGUCGCACCAGCAGUUCUCUCUAGCGCCGGUGUCUCAAAGUACGGAACAAGUGGUGCCUAUUCGCAUCAACAGAUCUCACAGCCAGUGCAAUCUACAUCGUAUGUGACAGGAAUAGGCGCACCAGCAACACCGUUAGUAGCGCCGGCAGUAACGUCGAUAGGUUACGCAACCCCAUCCAUUUCAUCCAUUCAUUCAGGAUCUCAGUCUGUAAAGUAUGCAAGUGGUGGCGCAGUUUCGCACCAAUAUGUUUCAAAACCGUUACAAAUAGCAAGCAACCAGGCCGCACCUAUAGCCACAGUUGGCACUGUUGCUAUUCCAGCUCUAUCAAAAGUCGAAGCUUACGCUGCACCCACAGUAACAAAAUAUCCUUCUAGAAUUGGAAUUUCUAAACUUGGCGGUUAUGGAGCCUCUACUAUUACACAAUAUACUUCAGGUCAUGGAAUUUCUAGCGGUGCAAUUUCCCAUCAGCAAGUUUCUAAACCUUUACAGCCACUUACUUACUCAGCUCCGGCGAUCUCAAAAGUUGCCUUGGUGGCACCAGUCGUUACACCGGCUGUUACACAAUACUCAACAGGCUCCGGUUUAUCAUCUAUACAUUCAGGAUCACAAUCUGUAAAAUAUUCCGGUGGUGGCGCAGUUUCGCAUCAGUAUGUCUCGAAACCUGUACAGACAGUGAGCUAUGCUGCUGCACCAAUUGCGAAAAUCCCGACUGCUAGCAUUCCGGUUCUCAGUAAAGUUGAAACUUAUGCCUCGCCCUCUAUUACUCAGUAUACGUCUGGUUUGGGAGUUUCCAAAUAUGGCAGCUAUGCAGCACCCACUAUUUCUCAGAUUUCUUCAGGUCACGGACUUUCUAGUGGCGCCAUCUCUCAUCAAGAAGUCAUUAGACCGGUGCAAACACUAACUUACACCGCACCUGCAGCACCCAAACUUUCUGUCAUUAAACCUAUUUUACAACCAGCACUAACUUCUAUUCCAACGGGCGCUCAAUCUGUCAAGUAUGAAAACAGUGGUGCGGUUUCGCACCAAUAUGUUUCGAAGCCAUUAAAUACUGUAAAUUAUGUCGCAACGCCAGUAGCUAAAGUGCCGCCGGUAGCGGUUCCGGCUAUUGCCGUCCCCUCUCUCACCCAAUAUUCAUCUAGUCAAGGCUUGUCGAAAUCUAUUAACUAUGCAACUCCAGCUGUAACAUCUAUUAGCGGUGGCAGUUAUGCUUCUUACGGUUCGUCCGGUGCUAUAUCGCACCAGCACGUUUCCAAGCCUGUACAAUCAGUUACUUAUUCAGCUCCUUCAAUAACUAAGAUCUCUGCAGCGGCACCAGCUGUAACACCUGUUUUAACACAAUAUGCUUCGGGCCCUGGAUUAACUUCAGUACACACAGGUUCACAAUCGGUCAAAUACGAAAGUGGUGGCGCUGUCUCACAUCAAUAUGUAUCCAAACCAGUGCAAACAGUGAGCUAUGCACCUGCCCCAAUUGCAAAAGCACCUACGCUUGCCGUUCCAGCAAUAGCUAAAGUGGCCACUUAUGCGACUCCUGCCGUAACACAAUACUCAUCAGGCCAUGGCAUAUCAAGCGGCGCUAUUUCACAUCAAUACGUUUCGAAACCCAUUCAACCAUUAACGUAUUCUGCUCCAGCUAUUUCAAAGGUUGCUACCGGGAUAUCAUCUGUUACUCCUAUUGUGGCCCAAUACCCAUCGGGCUCGGGCCUAACAUCUUUAAGUUCCGUUGCUGCCGUGGCGCCUGUUGUAGCGCCGACUCUCACCCAAUACACUUCCGGGUCGGGCUUAACGUCUGUACAUUCGGGAUUACAGUCAGUGAAAUACGCAAGUGGUGGUGCAGUUUCACAUCAGUAUGUAUCCCAGCCUGUGAAAACUGUAGGUUAUGCGUCAGCACCUGUGGCAAAAAUAGCGACGGUUGCUGCCCCUGCCAUUGCUAUACCUGCCGUUGCAAAAGUGGGAGUCUACGCCGCACCUGCUACUACGCAAUAUUCUUCAGGUCUCGGAAUCUCUAGUGGAGCUAUUUCACAUCAACAUGUUUCCAAGCCCCUGCAACCGCUGACAUAUGCAAGCCCAGCAAUAACUAAAGUCGCCGCCGUGGCACCUAUUAUAAGCCCAGCACUCACCCAAUACUCUUCAGGGUCAGGCUUAACGUCUGUACAUUCGGGAUUACAGUCAGUGAAAUACGCAAGUGGUGGUGCAGUUUCACAUCAGUAUGUAUCCCAGCCUGUGAAAACUGUAGGUUAUGCGUCAGCACCUGUGGCGAAAGUAGCUGCAGUCGCUGCUCCUGCCAUUGCUAUACCUGCCGUAGGAAAGGUUGGAGUAUACAGCGCACCUACUAUCACGCAAUAUUCAACCGGUCUCGGUAUAACAAGUGGAGCUGUGUCACAACCCUUGACUUAUGCGUCCCCAGCAAUAACUAAAGUCGCCGCCGUAGCGCCUAUAGUUACGCCAGCUCUUACCCAAUAUUCUUCAGGCUCAGGUUCACAGUCCGUCAAAUAUGCAAGUGGUGGCGCAGUUUCUCACCAGUACGUGUCGAAACCUGUUGUAAGUUAUGGACCAGCACCCGUGGCAAAAGUAGCAGCAGUUGCUGUUCCCUCCGUUGCAAAGGUAGGCGUUUACGCUUCACCUGCAAUUACCCAAUAUUCUUCUGGAUUAGGAGUAUCACAAGCUGGCUACAGCUACGGCACGGCUCCCGCAGCUGCAACCAUACAACUUGCCAGUCCGUCUAUUAAAUCGAUACAGUCGGGUUCACAAUCUCUAAACUACGCUAGUGGAGGCGCUAUUUCACACCAACAAGUUUCAAAGCCGGCACAAUCUCUGCUGUUCGCCACACAAGCUGCAACAUUGACAACCCCAGCUAAAGGUUAUCUCGCGCCUGCACUCAGUAUAACAAAACCAUCAGCAUAUCCAGCUCCUGGCGUAACCUCUAUCCAAUCAAGUACUGGUUUUGCAAAAUAUGGCUCCAGCGGCUCAUUUUCACAACAAUACGUCUCCAGACAACCCAUACUACAAUCGGGGUCCAGCGUCACGAUAAGCAACGUUAACGCAUACACAGCACCCUCCACCGCGACAGUGGUAACUAGUCCUGCGAUAGCUAAAGUAGCAACUUAUGCCGCACCUGCCUUAACAUCAACGAUCCAUACAAGUACCGGCUUAGGUGGAUUAUCCACAAGUGGUGCGACAUCCACUCAAUACUCCGGUAUAUCUUCCAAAACAGGUAUAGCUGGACUAACCCUAACUUCACCGGAUUUAGGUUUGGGUAAAUAUUUAUCCAAUGGCGUGGUCCUACAACAGCAGCAAAUUCCAAUCGCAACCAGUUUGGCACAUUCGCUUUCUGGCAAAUCUAGCUACCGUUAUUCCGCUUUAACACCGCUUAGCUCAAUUGGCUAUUCCCCCGCUCCCAUAGCGCAUGGUUCAUACUAUGGAGCGAUCGCUUUAGGACACAGCGGUCUAUCACCAAUUUUGAAACUAGAUGGUUCGGGACCAAGUGCUUUGCAUGGACUCGGGGGUAAUUUAGGUAUUUCGACAUUGAAAUUAGGAACCCAACCAGCCUUGCCACUUUUAAAGAGCCAAGGAGAAAUACUUAAUGGCUAUGCACAUGGAAUUGGCGGCAUUGGACCGUUAGGCGGUGGACUCUACAGAUAUGCACCAUCAGUAUCGCCUCUACUGACGCAGAGCGCCAGUCCCACAGCGUACUUAAAAGCCCAACCGACACUCAAAAUACAACCAGCUGUUAUUAAAACGAUUCCAGAAAAGCACUACGAACAUUAUAGUGAUCAUGCAAGAUACGCCUUCGAGUAUGGUGUCAACGAUCCUUAUACCGGCGAUAUCAAACAUCAAAAGGAAGAGCGUGACGGUGAUGUUGUAAAAGGUGAAUACUCUCUGGUGGAACCCGAUGGCAAUGUUCGUACAGUCAAAUACUAUGCCGAUUGGGAGACUGGAUUCCAUGCUGAAGUCAUUAAUAGUCGAGAUUCCGCAAAAUUAGUCACAAAACGGAGUUCACCGAAAUCGUGAAUAAUUGUUAAGAUAAAUGAAUGAAAUUUAGUUAAAUACACUCAUCAUCAUUUUGUAUCAUCUUUUACGUAUUUGUAGUUAGUUUAAAGGAAAUAUGAAAGGACUUUGCAACGCAUAGC